AUGUCAGAGCUCACAAAGAAGAGCCUGACAACCUAUGCUUUUUAUAAGCAUUGUGGAAAGGCCAGUAGUUCAUCCAAAGUACCACUUUCAGGAGGGCACUAUAACGCUUCAGGCAAGCAUUUCGACUUUUAUUUAAAGUUUAUUCAGUAUUCACUCUUCCAGGUGGAAUAUACGCUGCUCAAGAUCCACAGAUACUUGAUCUCUCAGGGAACACUUGCAACAAGGCCAGCGACGAGUCCCGUACACAUCCUCGAUAUCACGGUCAAAGCCUCUUGCCGCUGUCGAUCCUCUGUCACUCAACACUCUCGUGACAGCCCUAGACGUAGCAAAUCGAUUCACAAUGGAAGAU